UCGUGUUCCGUCCAUGGCUUCCCCGUGCUGACUGUCGCCGCCUUUCACACACCUGGCUACUCGAUAUUGGACUGAAGUUCACAGUACAGUGCAGCCUUUUAGGGCGCCUAGUUCAAAUCUAGCAAGAGCGGAAGACGGACACAAGCGACCUUCAAGUAAGGUUCACUCGACACCAUCACAAGAAGAGAAAGCCGGGGCUCUUCGGCGCGGAGGACGAGCUCACCAUGCAGCAGCUCACCCCAGUGUGGCAGCCGGAGGCGAUUCGAGCUCACUCCACAGAAGAGGACCGGAGGGCAAGCGAGAGCGACCGUGAGAGCGCAGAAGUGAAGGAGCAACGCGGAGAUCGAGGUCCACUUGUAAACGUUUCCCAAGGAUCACAAGAAAUAAAUCACUUCAUUCAGGAGAUCCUGCAGUCAAGUGCCGAAACUCUGCGGUCAUCUACAGACACUGGAACUGUGAAAACUGAAGAUGGAAAGACCAAUCCGAUAUCUACUUACAUUAAACAAGAAGACAUGGCCGAGAGGUCGUACUCCAGCAUGGAGCAGGAAUGUGUAACUGUGAAAGUGGAGGAGGAGCAGCAGUGCAUCAUUAAACAGGAGCUCUCGGAUGUGGAUUUCCCUUCUGCUCUUAAAAUGGAGAUGCUUCCUUCAGGGUGCACAGAUGAACGUGCAAUGAACGAUACUGAAUGUAAGGAAAGCCAUCUGGAAGGAAGUCUGUAUGUAACUCAGCUAGAGAGUGAGCUGGAAGGCGAGGAGAAAUUAGGAAAGAUCUUGAGCAGGAGUACAGAAAAGAGAGACGGUGAAAGUUCUACAACCCCCAGUAAACUGCAAUACUUUUUAUACCAACGUGCUGAUUGUGAGAAGACUUUGAAACAGAAUACAUGUCCUAGUGCCCUUCCAACAAAUAGCACGGUAGAAAAACCAUUCCAGUGUGUCGAUUGUGGGAAGCACUUCAGAAAUCGUUCAAACUUCAAACGUCAUCAGAGAAUUCACACGGGAGAAAAACCUUACCAGUGUAUGGAAUGCGGAAAGACAUUUACACAGACUACAAAUCUUCAACAGCACCAGAGAAUUCACACGGGAGAAAAGCCAUACCAGUGUACCGAAUGUGGGAAGACAUUUAGACAGGCUACUGGUCUAAAACAACACCAGAGAACACACGUAAGAAAAAUACUGCACCAGUGUGCUCGAUGUGGAAAGACAUUCAGCCAGACUUUGGAUGUUCAGCCUCGUGAGGGUUUGCCGGGUUAUGACGACAGUAAGCAGAUCCAUGUGGAAGGGACCCUGGAAGGAACUCUGUCCUUCACUCAACAGGACCGUGAGUCUGAGGAUACAAAUAGUGAGAAAUUAAAAACAAUGUUCAAUCUGGACACAAGUGCGGAAAAGACACACCUGGUCCAUGCUGUAGGACGCCUGCAAAGCAAAGAUGAAAGCUCUAAGCCUUUCAGCAAUAUCCCGCAACUUGUAUACCAAUGUCCAGAAUGUGAAAAGUCGCCCACACAGACCUCAGUUGUUCUGCAACAUCAGAGGAUUGACCAAGGAGGGAAAAUGUAUCAAUGUAAUUAUUGCGGAAAGAAUUUUAAGCAGAGUACGCACCUUACACGUCAUCGCAGAAUUCAUACAGGAGAAAAACCAUACCAGUGCACUGAAUGUGGAAAGAAUUUCAGGGCCAGUAGUGCCCUUCGCCAACACCAGAGAAUUCAUACAGGAGAAAAACCGUACCACUGUACCGAAUGUGAAAAGACGUUCACGCGACGGGCCACUCUGAGACAACACUUGAACCUGCACAGAGGAAUACGAGAAGAAGUUAACCAUCGAGGAAAAACAUACCCAUGUAAUGAAUGCGGAAAGAGCUUUAGGCGAAAUAUAGAUCUUCGACAUCAUUUAAGAAUUCAUACUGGAGAAAAACCAUAUCCCUGUACUGAAUGUGGAAAAAGUUUCAGAUGCAGUAGUGCACUUCGACAACAUGAGAAAAUUCAUACAGGUCAAAAGCCUUUUCAGUGCACUGAAUGUGAAAAGACGUUCACACGACGCGCCACCCUUAGGCAGCACUUGCGCAUACACAAAACAACACACGAAGAUGUUAACCAUCGAGAAAAACCGUACUCUUGUACUUUAUGUCCAAAGAGUUUUAGACGACACGUGCACCUUCGAUAUCAUCAGAGAGUUCAUACUGGAGAAAAACCGUACCAGUGUACUGAAUGUAGAAAGAGGUUUUCCCAGAUUACAACUCUUAAACUUCACCAGAGGAUUCAUACUGGAGAAAAACCUUACCAGUGUGCUGAAUGCGGGAAGAAGUUCCAUCUGUCUGGACACCUUAAAGUCCACGAGAGAAUUCAUACAGGAGAAAAACCUUACCAAUGUACAGAAUGUGGGAAGACUUUCACACGGGCUAUCCAUGUUAAAUACCACCAGAGGAUUCACACGGGAGAGAAACCAUACCAAUGCAUGGAAUGUGGAAGGUCUUUUAAUCGGAAUACAACCCUUAAGUUUCACCAGAGAAUGCACACCGGUGAAAAGCCGUUUCAGUGUACUCAGUGUGGGAAGACUUUCACCCGGGGUACAAACCUUAAAUUCCACCAGAGAAUUCACACCGGAGAAAAACCGUUUCAGUGUUCUCAAUGCGGAAGGACUUUCAACCGAGUUACAAACCUUAAAUUCCAUGAAAGAAUUCACACUGGUGAAAAGCCAUUUCAGUGCACUGAAUGUGGAAAGGCUUUCAGCCGGGCUUCGGACCUUAAAUUGCACCAGAGGGUUCACACAGGAGAAAAACCGUUCCAGUGCACUGAUUGCGGAAAGACCUUCAGCCUCUCUAAGAGCCUUAAAUCCCAUCAGAGAAUCCACACUGGAGAAAAACCCUACCAAUGCACCGAAUGUGGAAUGAGUUUUGGACGGUGUUCACACCUCAAGCAGCAUCAGAGGAUUCACACGGGUGAAAAACCUUACCACUGUACUGUGUGCGGCAAGACUUUCAGCCAAGCCGCACACAUUAAAUAUCAUCAGAAAAUCCACACGGGAGAAAAACCAUACCAAUGUACUGCAUGUGGGAAGACUUUCAGAGAGGUGACAGGCCUUAGAAGACAUCAGAGAAUCCAUACGGGAGAAAAACCAUACCAGUGUACUGAAUGCGGAAAGAGUUUCAACUGGGCUUUGAGUCUAAAACUCCACCAAAGACUUCAUACGGGUGAAAAACCGUAUCAGUGUACCGAAUGUGGAAAGACUUUCACUUGGGCUUCAAACUUAGAACUCCACCAAACAAUUCACACAGGUGAAAGACCGUACCACUGUACCGAAUGUGGAAAGACCUUCAGGGAGAUUACAGGACUUCGACAACAUCAGACCGUUCACACAAGAGAGACUCCAUACCAGUGUACUGAAUGUGGGAAGAAUUUCAACUGGGCUGUCAGCCUGAAAGUCCACCAGAGAAUUCACACUGGAGAAAAGCCGUACCAGUGUACUGAAUGUGGAAAGGCCUUUACCCAAGCUUCGGUACUUAAGCGACACGAGAGAAUUCACACUGGAGAAAAACCAUACCAAUGCCUUGAAUGUGGAAAGACUUUUAAUAAAAUGUUCAACCUCAAGUGUCACAGGAUAAUUCACACUCAGAAAAAACCUUACCAGUGUACCGAAUGUGAAAAGAGUUUCAGCUGGGCAUCAAGCCUCCGAGAUCACAAGAUAGUUCACACAGGAGAAAAGCCGUACCACUGUACCGACUGUGGAAAGACGUUCCGCUGGUCUUCAAACCUUAGGCAUCACCAGAGAACUCAUACAGGGGACAUUUUUACUCUGGAUACACCAAAGUCGCCGGACUCUUCCACUGGAAACUUUGAAAAGAAUACAAUUUGCCGGUAUGAGAGCGACACAGGGGCCACAAGUCAGAAAGAAUGAUGGAGAAAAAUGGAGAAUGAAGAGGUGCUGAUUGGGAAAUAUCCAUCUCUAAAGAGCAGGAAACUAAUGCCAACAAACCAAUAGGUUUGCAUUAAUGGACGCCAACAGACUCUGGUUGGUUGAGGUAUCAGCCCCAAAUGAAUACUCAAAAAUUGGAAUGAUGAGAACUGACAGUAACUAAAUAUUAAGAAAUGUGGAAUAAAGGAAGUGAAAGUAAUUUGAUUGUUCUUGGAUUCACAGAACUAGCAAGAAAAACUUUCCAUACCCUUCUUGACCCUGACAAUUACCAGCACCCUGAUGCUCAGCAACAAAAGGAAGAAUAUUGGGGGUAAUACAGGUAUAACACAGAGCCUCCAUCAUUAAUUUGAGUGCUAACAACACAAUUCACUCCCGAAGUGGUGGAGCACAACCAAAGCCUUACAGAAAAAUGUAUCUCCUUGAAAAACUGAAUGUGUGUUUAAGCCAUGGCAAAAUCCCAGGAGAACACCCAAGAAUUCAUAGCUGAAGCUCAGUUGGUGGAGUAAAGCUUUGCAAUCCCAGAGCCUCACUAAGCCGCCUGACUAGGUGAGGUUUGCAAAAUGUUUGCUUCAAUGUCAUGUACAAUAUGGGAAAUUAUAAAGAAGUGAUCCUCUCUACUAGAGUGGGCAAAGAGUGAAAAAUCUGUGGCAUGAAAAGAUCUCCAUUAUGGAAGAAGCCCAGCUAAGUUAGUACUUCCUGGCUGGAUUUAUUAGAGACCUUGAUACCGAACAGUUGAAGAUGAAAAGAUCAUGUGCUAUGUGUUUGUACAGUAUAAGCCAAAUGUUGAUUUGACAACUAAAGCAUACAACUGAAGAACCACUGUAAAUUAAGAACAGCUAAACAAACAAGAACAAUACAAUACAAUUUAUUUUUGUAUAGCCCAAAAUCACAUAAGAAGUGCCACAAUGGGCUUUAACAGGCCCUGCCUCUUGACAGCCCCCCAGCCUUGACUCUCUAAGAAGACAAGGAAAAACUCCCAAAAGAAAAAACUUUGUAGGGAAAAAUGGAAGAAACCUUGGGAAAGACAGUUCAAAAAGAUUCCCCUCUCCAGGUAGGUUGGGCGUGCAGUGGGUGUCAAAAGAAGGGGGUCAAUACGAUACGAUACAAUACAAUACACAGAACAAAUCCUCAAUACAGCAUAAAAAUAAAAAUUUUAGAAGUACGGAGCAGAAUUUAACAGUAGAUGAUAUCACAUAAGAAGAUUUGGAUAGUUACCUAGUUGUGAUCUUUGAGUGCUGAAGAAAGAUCAGAUCUUACAACUGGGAAGUUUACGAAAAUAGGGACAACAUCAAGAAAUAUAAAGGAGCCAUCUGCUAUAGAAGGCCUUAGAAUUGCAUAAAAGAAAACUGUUUGCAAGAAGUUGGACAAUUGUGGUCUUGGUCACAAGUGACAGAGAAAAAUACAGUGAUAGACAACUAGCUGGCCCAGUUCACAUUGGUCUAGUACCAAGACCUAACUGCAGAAGUGUCACUUAAUUGAAACCUUCUUUCACUCCUAACCCUAAACCAUCGAUGCCUGUGGCCCCAAAAGAAUUUUCAUGCCCAUUACAGGUCAGCGUAUGCAUGCAACUUAAAGAGAUUGAAAGAGCUUUACUGUUGUUUUAUCACUGCUUCUUGUACAGUACAAUGUCAUUUAGAAAUACAUUACAGAAAAACAAGUGAAUUCAAGAAAAGUUGUUUAUUUGUAUAACCAUAACAAUAAGAUGCAAAAAAAAAAAACAAAUGAUGUAAAGAUGACAACUGUGUUUAACUACUCCAAUGCUAAACUCAAAUCAUACAAAUCUCCUGGAAAAGCCUAAAAACUGUACAAUGAAAUGCUCAUUUUAAGACAAAAGAAUGUCGGACUGUCACACAAACGUGAGAUGAGCAAGUGUGUUGGGGGCGAUCUAUGCUGACGUGCAUGUGAACAUUUUAUUUGAACUGGGAAGUCAGAAUUUCCGAGUUGCUACAGUGUUUGGAUGUGCAGAAUACAGAGUAAUGCAUUGUUAUCAAUUUGUUCAGUAGUUGUCUAUAUUCGUCCGUAUUGGUCUUC